AAUAGGAAGAACAUUUAAUAAUGUAUCCUUAAUCUGUGGUCCUGGCCCAAGUUGCCUCAAAUCAUGCUUUGGAUCUAUGUUAGUUCCCUGUGGGUAAGUUGUGUUAUAUAAUUAUACUUUAUAGUCCACAUAUAACAGAGCUCUACAUUUCUAAGAGCUUAAAGGGACUAGACACAAAAAAUAGCGUCAGUAUAUUUAGUUGUACUCAUAAAGAGAUAUGAUUUAAACUGGGAAACCAUUAUUCGCUUUUUUUAAAUGGGGAAACAGAUGAGACAGCAACAUGAUUGUUGCGUUUAUGAUUUAAAUCAUGUAAAAUGAUGUAUUAUCGGCCUCCUACUAGCUCAAAUUGACAAUUCUAGGCUUGUUUUGUGGAAAUAAUGUAUUUGCAUAUAUUUGGACCACUUGGUGUCUAGCCCCUUUAAAGGGGCUCAAUAAUGGUUUACACUUGAUAGAUGCUCAAAAGAUAUUUAUUUUAGUGCAUUAUGAUGUUUAACUCAUUUUAAUUUAAUAUCAAAACAAAAAAAGCAUAUGAUUUGUGUACAGAUAAAAGAAUAUUGGCUUUUUAAAUGGCGUUUUCAAUUAAUAACUACAUGGCCACAAAUUCCCCAGUUAAAAAAAGUCACACAAUAUCGCUAAUAUUGUUUUAUUUAUUGAUAUGAUCACAUGUCAAACAGUUAUCUUUUACUGACAUUAGAAGCGAGCAAAUUUCAGGUAUGUCAAGUUAUCUUGAUACUAAGGUGCAUUGUUUAUGAAUCAUAUGACAAAUCAUUUGUUUUAUAUCGGUGAAUAUGCUUCAACGGAUUGAUACUGUAAAAUCAUAAUCAUGUGUUUGAACAUGGGGACAUGGUCUUCAUCUGUGUAUAUAGCUUAGGGUUGGGCUUAUGAUUACGGCUGUUUUAAGUGUGAAGAAAAUGACCUCAACACUGAAGCCAAGUGCUUUUGUCCAGAAUGUUAACACUGCCUAUGUGACCAUGUGUGAAGCUACAUAGAAGAUAUCAUAAAAAAGCAUACUAUGUAUGGGCGUGAAGACUUUCAGAAGUGGGUGGAUUUCUCCAUGGACAAAUGUGACCUUCAUGACAUCAGGCUUGAGGUCCACUGUGAUGAUCAUCAGGAAAUAUGCUGCCAUGUCUGUGUUGACCGCAACCAUAGGCAGUGUAGAAGUAUCAGUCAUCUGUCUGACCUUGCCAGAGGCUUCCUGAAAACAGCAGAAUUCAAGCAGCUGCCAGUAAAAGUUGACAAGAUGAUGAGCAGGCUUGAUGAGCUCAAGAAUGCAAAGAUGGAGGACCAAGAUUCACUGAAAGACUGUCACAAGAACAUCCUUACUGAAAUUAAGGAUUUUCGCAAGGAGAUAAAUGACAUUUUGGACCAGCUUGAGAAGAAAACAGUCAAACUUUUGGAUAGCAUGAUAAAGGAUUUGGAAAAGUCUGUGAAAGAUGAUAUCCAAUCAUGUGCCCAUGUCAGUGACAAACUUGAAACCACAAUGAGAAGGGUGGAGCUGAUGUCAGAGAAACUGAUGCAUACCAGGUCCUACAUUGGAUACAGAAGAUUAAAAAAUCAACUGACACAAGCUGAGAGAUUGGUUCAUGAAUUGGAAGUUGCACCAAGAGAAGAAUUGGUAUUUCAUCCUAAUAGUAAGGUCAUAACAAUUCUUCGAAGUCUGCGAACCAUAGGAAAAUUCCAUGGGUCAAAACAGUUUUCUGUUAAAGUUCAAGGUGACAGAGUGAGCUGCCAUAUUACAGCCAUAUGUGAGACAACCAAUGGUCACAUUGUCAUUAUUGACCAUAAUAACAAACGAGUGAAACUUCUCAACAGUGAGUUCCGGGUCACUGCUCAUUGUAGCCUUCCUGGUAAUCCUCAACACAUGUGCCAUACCUCUGGCAAUGAAGUAGCCGUAGCUGUUGAUGCUUAUGAUUUACAUGAGGUCCACUUCCUGAAAGUGAGCAGAGAGAAUAUACAGAAAGUGAGAAAGUUCACUACAGUUGAUAACUGUAUCUCCGUUGCCCAUCACCAGAACGAGCUCUAUGUUGGCUCACACACUGGCGUGUACCAGUACACCAUUAAUGGACAGCUGAUCAAGAAGAUCUUGUCAGCGAACUGGAAAGUGAUGAAAUGUGCUAUAAGUCCUGAUGGAGAGAGAAUCUAUGUGACAGAUUAUUUCAAAGGAAAUUUAUUAACAUUUGAUAAAUGUGGAAAACUACUAUCUACAUUAGAAGAUCGAGAACUGAGUAGGCCCAGUGGAAUAUGUGUCAGCCCCAGGGGUGAUGUGUUCGUGUGUGUGUGGAGGGAUUCUUGCACUGUGUUACAGGUGGACAGGGAGGGCAGACAGAAGCUAGCCACAGUGGCCAGACAGGCUGAUCGCUCGUUUGUGCCUCGGUCAGUUUGCUUUAGUAAACAAACAUCCAGCCUCAUUGUCGGGGGUUAUGGGAGAGGCAAUAUUAUUUGUUUUGGAAGUUGUGCUGAACCAUAGGAAUAUUAUAGCUCAGUUGUUGUAGCUCAUUUGAUCCAAUGUGACAAUUGUACUUUAAAAUGCUUUCGUUUCCAGGUCACCAGUUCAUUUCUAUGUUUAGUUACCGGUAUGUUAUGUACAUUUGUUAUUCAUUUAAAAAUCAUCGAGCUAAUGUUUCUUGUUUUCAUUUACCCAGAAUUUAAAUGAAGAAUCUUGUAUCUUGUAAAGUUUUCCAUUUUUUCAUGAAAAAAACUGAUGCUAUGCUAGGAAAGAGCACUAAAAGUCUUGCUUCUCUACAUUUAAUGAUAAUGAUAAAAUUUCUUUAAAUUAUUGUCUUCAUGAGUUAUUAUUUUAUUAGAUGCAAAUUAAGAUGAAAGAAUGUACUUUUUUGUUUAAAUCGAUCAGGACAUGUUAUCUUGUGAUUAUCUUCUGUUAUUUGUUAAGGAUUGAAACAUCUAAAUCAAUAAAAAAAACUUGUUUACCCUUACUGAUCAAUUGUGCUUUUAAAGGGGCACAAACUUGGGGUUUACACUUGAUAAAUGCCAAAAGAAAUUGUUAAUUUUAAACAUAUUAUUAGUUAACUCAUUUUACUUUAAUAAUUUAAGCAAAAAACGAAUAUGAUUUGUGGACAGGUUAAAAAAUAUUAGCCUUUAAAGGUGGGUUUUCAAUAAAUAGCAUUCUUAUUCAUCAGAGAAUUGAUCAUGAUAAAUCUGUGGUAUGCAUAGCAUCAUCACUCUGGUGAACGAGAAUGAUAAAUAGCUACCAGUAUGUGACCACAAAUUCCCAGUUUAAAAAGCGGCAAAAUAUCACCAAUAUUUUUUUUUUUACAUAGUUAUGCAGUAAAAUAAAAAAUAAUUCUCUUUUUGCAUCAAUGAAGUGAAACAUACGUUAUGCCCCUUUAAGGAAUGAGUAACUGUUUAUACAUUUCAUGGAAGGUGUUUAUCGUCUAUUGAUGAGAUGAACGUGAUAAUGUAUUGUUCUUGUGUUUUAUCUACCGGUACUCGAAAUAAAUUAAAAAACAUUGUAUCAGUUUGCUUUUAUCCCUUAAGUUUUCACUAUCUUGAGCUUUUUGAUUAAUAAAGAUAAGUUUGUACAUUAACAUGAAUUGCUCAAUUGCAGUUCCUCCCUCGAGAUUUUUUUAUAAUGAUGAUAACUUUUGUGCAUUUCCCAUGAUCAACCCAAAUCUGUGAUGGCAAUAUGUACUGUAUGAGCCUAGCUGGAUUAAGAUCCCCGUUGAUGUGCCUGCCUGUCCACAGGCCUAGGCCUUAUAUAAGGAAUAAUGGGGACUCAAGUUAGUGGUAAACAGUUUGGCAGAAACUUGACAUUUGUGCAUAACAUUAUCGUCUACCUGGCACCCUUCCCCCUAAAUUAUCCAAGUUUACUUUUUAUGUCGGAAAAAAAAGAAAUGAAACAUGGUCAAAAUAAAAUGCAACAUUUCGGACUAGAAAUUGUUGCAUUUUUCUGGAGGGUACCGCUUCA